UUAUGGUCUGAUUUAAUUUUUCCAUACCAAAUCUUAGAUUUAACUGAUUCAAAAAAUCUCUUUAAAUCGAUAUUCCCACCUCCCGAUCCAACCCGCUGGUCUAGUUCAAACUCACCGAUUUUCACUCCUUUAGCUUCCUCUCUAACAUUUGAAGAAAUGGAUUCUGGAGAACAGGUUUUUGUUUUUGAAGAAGUGGCAAAACGCAAGGAAAGGGAUGAUUGUUGGCUUUUGAUAUCUGGAAAGGUGUAUGAUGUAACCCAAUUCUUGGAGGAUCAUCCUGGAGGAGAUGAAGUCUUGCUAGCCGCUAGUGGAAAGGAUGCGACACAGGAUUUCGAAGAUGUUGGUCACAGUGAUGAUGCAAGGAACAUGAUGAAAAAAUACUACAUUGGUGAGGUGGACAGCACCACUGUUCCUCCUUCAAACAAGAUCAAACCACAGACGUAUUCAGUGACUCAAAAAGAUGACGAACCUGGCUUUCUGUUUAAGAUAUUACAGAUCUUGGUACCCAUCUUGAUCUUAGGUUUGGCAUUUGGUUUCCAGUUCUUGGGCAAAAAGGAAAAAAACUGAAGCUUAGAUUUUCUACUUUUCCCACAUUACGGUUGCUUAUAAAUAAGGUUGGUGAAAGCUGUCUUUGUUGUUGUUGUUGUAAUAUUCAAUCAUCUACUAUUGGUUGCUAAUAAUAAUGGCUUAGCAAUCUCUUGCAAUUA